AUGCAGCCAUUCAAAGGCGUAGCUAAUGCGUACUUGGUCGAGGGCACGGCCUGGACCACCGAGACCUAUGUGCAUGUCCGCUGGGGUUGGCUCGCGUUUCUCGGCGCUCAGAUUGCCAUCUGCAUUGCCUUCCUCGUCUUCACAAUUGCCGCAACGCACAUUUCGGAGACCAUGGUCCUCAAAAGCUCCCCGCUGGCAGUCCUGGUGGCCCUCGGCCAGAGCGGCCGAGAAGCUGUUGGCAAUCUAAGCACGGAAGCAGACAUGAAGCAGCGCGCGGCCCGAUACAGGGCAACUCUGGUUGGGAAUGAGCUUGUUAUUUGUCCGUAA